AUUGAUUAACGCGUUAAGCGAAGAAAGGGAGAGAAACAACUUAAACUAUAUUCACCAUAUUCACAAGCGCGCGCACACACACACAGUAGCUGUUGCAUUAAGAAACACAAAGAACCAUCAUGGAUCCAUAUUCACUCAGCGUUGAACGCGAGGCUUCGAAGAAUAUUGAGGAAAAUGAAAGAGAAUGCUUCAAAGAUGCGAUCGUGUCGAGUAGAAGUCUCAACAAAGGUUUCGUGGAACCUACGAAAAUUAGAAAUGCUUUACCCGAGAUCUCAUCGUGUAUCAUAGUCGCGUCAUUCCAUAUAUCAGUCGGAUUGGCCAUGGCGUAUUCAGCGAUUCUGAUUCCUCACCUUGAAGCCGAGGAUGCGGAACUGCACGCUACUAAAGAACAAACUUCCUGGAUCGCUAGCGUGGUGGUAAUUUCUCCUCCGCUGGGCGCUGUACUCGGUGGUUUUCUCAUGGAGACUGUAGGAAGAUUGAGAACUCUUCAAUUAGGUUCUAUCCCUUUUAUCGCUGGCUGGAUUCUUAUAGCACUUUCCACGAAUAUCCCUAUGCUCUUAACUGGUAGACUGCUAGCUGGUCUAGCAACAGCACUAGCUACCUCGCCAGCGAUCGUCUACAUCACCGAAGUUGCAAGACCGGAACUGAGAGGAUCCAUGAUAUCUUUUGGCCCGACUCUCGCCUCAUUUGGCAUGGUUCUUUCGUAUUUGAAGGGUGCGUACAUUCACUGGAGACUGGUAGCCUGGCUGAGUAUCGUAUAUGCCGUAGUGCCGAUCGUUUUGGUGCAAAUGUUCGUUCCUGAGUCGCCUGUCUGGCUGGUUUCAAAAGGACGACUGGAGGAAGCGAAGAAAGCCUUGGAUUGGCUGUACAAGUGCGAAUCUAAGCAGGGGAAAGUAUCCGCAGCCGAAGCACAGUACAUAACUAUCGUGAAAGAGAACGAGAUCAAAUUGAGCGAGCAAAGGAAAAGCAAACACGGUGGUGUAUCCACAAAAUUGAGAGGAUUCUUGAAGCCUACAGGAUGGAAACCUAUCACGAUACUCUUCCUACUUUUUUCGUUUCAACAAUUUUCGGGCAUCUACAUAACCCUCUUCUACGCCGUUACUUGGUUCCAAGAAGUGGGCUCGGGUGUAGACGAAUACGUAGCCUCGAUUCUAGUCGGUGUAACUCGAUUUCUCUGCUCGAUGGUAAACACAUGGCUGUUGAGACGAUACAAAAGGAGAGCCCUCUGUAUAAUCUCUUCGUUGGGUAUGGCGCUUUGUAUGACCGUUUCCGGUUACUUCACCUAUCAAAUUAAAUCAGGCGAUCGCUCCGGAUACUGGGUUCCAGUUGUUUGUCUGCUGCUUUACGUUUGCACAUCUAUGGUCGGUAUGCUAACCAUUCCUUGGACCAUGACCGCUGAAUUGUUCCCUACCGAGAUACGGGGCAUCGCUCAUUCCAUCAGUUACUCCAUUGCCAACUUGUUGAUGUUCUCGGCUCUACAAAGUUACAGAAGUCUACAAAGCUUCCUCGGUGGAUCGUACGCCGUCCAAUGGUUCUUCGCCUCCGUCUCGAUAGGAGCUGUUGUUUUCGUCUGGCUGUUACUUCCAGAAACUCACGGCAAAAAGCUUUCAGAGAUCGAGGAAUACUUCCAGAAUCAUUUCUUAGCGGUUGGAGCCGAAUCGAAAACCCGGAAACGACAGGCGCAAAGGCGGCGACAACGAACCGAGAAAUCGUCCGCCACGGAGCCACUAAAUCCAAGAAUCGUACAGAAAGUGUAAAACCUCUUUUCUAUUCUCUACGGCUGGAAUCGCGACGAACAAAGACAGUUCCUAACUUCCGAAAAUGUUAUUCAACUGUACGUAUUACGUACCUUCCAUUCGAUGCACGACAGAUGCACCGAGAUAAUAUAUUUAGUUCAAGUCUAUCUUCUUAUCCAUUAAACCGCGAAGAAAAGAUUUCUUUUAUACGAACGGUAUAUACCUUAAAGUUAUUUAAUAUCUAAUCGUGAGUGUUGUCGAUAGUCUAUCGAAAGUUUAUCGUAAGUAACGUAAGUAACGUAACUAACAGUGUUACGAAACAGUGAUCCAUCAUUUUCUAUACAAACUUCACCCAUAUGUGAAUUUUCGCGAGCAGAAGAUCAGUGUAGUGUUUCUUAAAAAGUCAAAGUAAUAAGAAGGGAGAUCGAUAAGGGGAAUUCGUGUAAGGCAGGCCUACAUAGUUAAGGGGGCAACAGUAACGGGCAGAACAAACCUUCUUACUACUUAAUCCUAUUUUCUUUCCUUCGUUAAAAUUUGUAAAAACAUUCUUCCAUGUUAAAAUCGAAUUCUCGUCACAUGGCUGUUGCCCUUAACAAAAUAGAUAAGUGCCCGUGGAGUUGGACAGAAAAUUAGAUUAAGCCUGAUUUAAUAUAAACACUUACGAUUAGAAAGAAGAAGAGCAACAAAGAUAUCUAUGAACGCAACACUACUCUUUAAAAAGUUUAUCAAAAUGCAACAAAAAUCUAUUUGAUACAUUUCGAUGAAUAAUGUACAAUGAGAUGUCCACAGUUUACCUAUUGUUAUGUAUUUCAUAACUAAUUUACUUUUAAUUCGAGUUAAAAAAAAAGAAAACAGCCCUGAAUGAAAAAUAUUUGCGCGUACAAAAUUGCACGUGUGCGAAUGUGAGUGCGAAAGUGUGCGUGUAGAAAAAAAAUCGAUAGUACGCAUAAUAUGCGAUUACUAACGUAACGUUGCGAAGAUAAAGAAAAGAAAAGAAAAGGAAGCAAGUUUCUACCAAAAACUAUAACAAACGAUUCUACACACUAGAUACAAAACAGUAUUAUACGUUGAUCUGAUACCGCCUUCUGUAAAAAUAAUUACGGAUGGCUGUAGAGGAAGACGAUAAAGAUUCUUCGUUCGGGAACACAAAUCUUUCUUUACCACGCGCUAACGUGUUUCCCAAAACGUUGUAGAUCGUUUUAGAAACAGUAUCUGUUUCUAAGAUUUGCCGUUUUCGAACAGGCAUAGCAUUCCUUUUGGAAAUCAACUUAACUUUACUGUGAUUUAAACACAAAUAUUUUCAAAGCAAAAUUGCACGAGACGAAAGAGCAAAUAGUAUGUAUUUUCAACAACAACAACCACCAACUGCCCCUUCAGAUUUUUAAUAUUUACGAUAAAAAUCUGAAGGGAAUAUUUGGAUAAUUAUUAUUAUUUUCUUUGUUAAUUAUUCAUUCUGUUUUCUUUGCUGAGCAUACGAUUCAAACGAAUAUACAAACGAUAUUAAAGCGCAGGCGCUACCCCGAUGCUACUCGAACGCCAUGUAUUCGUUUAACUUACGGACUCGCUACUUAAAACAGAUACUUAAACGUUGCAAUCACCAUCUUUUAUACACAAUCAUUUCAUUACGUUCAAAAAGAAUCAAUUAUAGCUAUACCUUUCUUUUAGUUUGCAAUAUCACUUCAUACCGCGAUUCGUCUUCUCAUAUCUCACUUUUAUAAACUAUUUACACAUAGCCAAGUUACCGGUCAAACGCACAAAAUACUUUUUACCAGUUCAUUAACCGCCACCAGGUCGCGGAUCUUUUGCCGCUGACUAAUCAAAAAUACUUCUAAUAAGAUGUGAUUAUUGACCAGAUAAUGGACCAGACUAAACGUCCAUCUGUAUCGUUAAGUUUUCGGCCGACAUUCGAUUUUUAUCGAAAGUCAGCUUGUCCGUAAAAUCGUUGCGUUGGAAAACGUUAACUUAUAGAAACAUAACCAAUCUCUCGAUGAUCGUUAUUAUAGCAAUCGAAAGGGAAUGAGCUUAAGAUUAAAAUUAAUUACUUAUGUACAAUUAGUAAGAGAGAAUAUAUAUGUAUGUACGUAUAUUAUGAACUACAUUUCGUUUCGUUCGAGAUCGUUGAAAAGAUAUUGUACGUUAUAUGUAUAUGCAUCGAGAUUAUUGGUUCGGCAAGUGCCUUUCGUUUUUGUCGACUGCUUGAUGAUAUUUUACAAAAAUGAGUGUGCGUGAAUAUGCGAGCAGAGUAGAGUCUAUAUAAAACAUAUAUACUUUGUAUCGUGCUAUACAACUUGCUUGUAUUCCGUAAACAUACAUCUGUAUGUAUACAGAAAUAUACGCCUACGCUUGUAUGCGUACACGUACUACUGUCAAAUUUCAUAAAAUGUUUCUAAUAAAAUUGUAUUUUUGGAAACCACAAA